CCCCAGAUCCGUGGCAAAGGGCUCGACUGGCCCCUGGUUAUGAAGGACUUCAACCUGCUGCGCUGGCUGGGGGCAAACUCCUUCCGCACCAGCCACUACCCCUACGCCGAGGAGAUCAUGGACCUGUGCGAUGCCUACGGCAUCGUGGUGAUCGACGAGUGCCCGGCCGUGGGCAUUAAAAUGCCUGAGAGCUUUGGGAACAAGUCCUUGCAGCAUCAUCUAGUUGUGAUGGAGGAGCUGAUCCGCAGGGAUAAGAACAGGCCAUCGGUUGUGAUGUGGUCAGUAGCCAACGAGCCAGCGUCGGAGCUGGCCCCGGCAGCGUAUUACUUUAAGACAGUGAUAGCUCACACUAAAGCUCUCGAUCCCUCCAGACCAGUAACCUAUGUGACAGAUGCUAAUUACGCUCUUGAUCAUGGUGCUCCUUAUGUGGAUGUAAUUUGUGUAAAUAGCUACUUCUCCUGGUAUCAUGACCCAGGCCAUCUGGAAGUUAUUCCACUACAACUCACAGCACAGUUUGAGAACUGGUAUAAAACCUACCAAAAACCCAUUAUCCAGAGUGAAUACGGAGCAGACUCAAUCCCUGGACUUCACAGUGAUCCUCCUCUGAUGUUCACUGAGGAAUACCAGAAAGCCAUGCUCGGGGAGUACCAUUCCGUUUUUGACAAGAAGAGGAAAGAGUAUGUGAUUGGGGAGCUCAUCUGGAAUUUUGCAGACUUCAUGACCAAUCAAGGGACCACACGUGUUUUGGGGAACAAGAAAGGAAUAUUUACCCGCCAACGACAGCCCAAAGCAGCUGCAUUUGUUCUUAGAGAAAGAUACUGGAAGAUUGCAAACGAAUCAAGCUGUCUUCCUCCUGUAAUAAAGUCACAUACCUUCUUUCUAAAAUGACAUCAAAAGAUACGGUGGCUGAGUGCUAUGCUGAACUUGUUCAUUAAACUUCUGUUUAAAUA